AUGGUAGACGCAGAAUCUGAAGCCGCGCCCGCAGCGCUCCACCCACCAUGCCCACUAGAAGACAAGCCGGAAGAAAAGCCCCUCCCCAAGCUCACCCCUUCCGAAUUCCGUCAAUACAACCGCAUGGCUGAGCAUAUGGACUACUACCACAAUCACUUCCGGCAAACCUGGACCACGCUGACGACCGCCUGCGAGAACAAUAAGCGCCCUAGCGGCAUGUCAAUAAAGCAGUUCCUCGCCCUCGGCGAGCAAUUCUGCCACCAUCUCACCAUGCACCACACCAUCGAGGAACAGCACAUCUUCCCGGUGCUUGCGAAGAAGAUGCCAGCUUUUAAGAAGGAGCUCGAGCUGCUGAGCCAGCACAAGGAGAUCCAUAGGGGGCUAGAAAAGCUAGAGGAGUAUUUGGGGGAGUGUAGGGUGGGCGAGAGGGAAUUGAGAUUGAUAGAGUUGAAAGGCGUGUUGGACGGGUUCGGGAAUGUUCUUUGGAGUCAUUUGGAUGAUGAGGUGAGGCAGUUGAGAGCGGAGAAUAUGAGGAAGUAUUGGAGCUUGGAGGAGAUGAGGAUGUUGCCCAUGUGA